ACGAGGUUCAAUCGUGGGCCGACCUUUGCUCGUAACUCGGUUUUACGAAUGUGGGUUGUAAGAGAGGAUUGUAGGCGGUACGGUGGCCGAAUGUGAAAAUGGAAGGGAGAAAAGCAGCGCGGAAAAUACGGAUCAAUAUUUCAUGCGAGCACAGCGCCGCUUCUGUUGGAAGAAAACCCAACCCAUACACUUCACCAUUCGCGAAACUCGAGGAUCGCUUCAGUACAUUAUUGCGAUUAUUACAAGAUUUUUGAUUACUCAAAAUCAUGUAUUGGAUUUUGUUUUUUUCUGUGGCUGUUGCUGUUCAAGCAUCAGUAUAUUUGCCUCCACCUCUUAAGGAAGAACAACUGUUGACUGACACUCUUCUCCGAGAAUUAAUCAAUCAAAUGGGAAAUGAACUUAUCGAUACAGCAGAUUCUUAUCUAGAAUAUCAGGACAAACCGAAAGAAAUUCCUCUUGAACUACCUGCCGAUUACGAUGGUAUAGAUACUUUAAACCCUAAUCCUAGUAUUCGCGAUCAAGAAUAUUUACAGCAUAGCUCAUUGUGGAGUCAUCAACAUAUUACUAAUAACGAUAAAGUGAACGAUAGACAAAGAAUCAAACCUGGAAGCGUGAAAAAUAUCAAGGAUGAAAAAGAGAAUGCUUUACCUGCAUAUUGUACACCACCAAAUCCUUGUCCAGUUGGAUAUACCAGUAAAAACAAUUGUAUCGUAAACUUCGAAAAUACAGCAGCAUUCAGUCGAGAUUAUCAAAGCGCACAAGAUUGUAUGUGCGACACGGAACACAUGUUGGAUUGUUCAGUUGAUUCUACAAACAGCAACAGUCUUCCAAAUAUGCACAUUUCAAAUUCCAAUUUCAAUCAAAUCGUGGAUCAAUUUCAAGAAGAAAAUCCUUUUUUCCGGGGUGAAAAAUUGCCGAUUGCGGCGAAGAAAGGUUUAAAUGUCGUCUAUUAAAUUGACAUUAACAAAAAUUAAAUAUCUGACAUAUCUUAUUGAAAGAUGUUAAGAUAACAAGGAUUGCAAAACAUUUAAAAGUAUAUCCAAAAACAUCUACAAACCAGUAUACAAUUCCAAUAAUACAAUAAAAGAACAAGAAAAAAAAAAUACAAAAAAUAGAUAAAUUUGUUAGAAAAGAUUUUUCAUAAUCUGAAAUCCUGGUGCUAAAUAAGGAUACAAAUAUUUUAAUAUCUUAAUGCUACUUUUAAUGCAAAAUGAUAAUUUAAAUUAAUGUAUAUGUUAUUAAAUAAAAUAUAUAUAAAUGU